AUGGAGCCAACAACAACCACAGCAUUAUAUCGCAAUUACAAUGAGCCUUGGUUUCCCAACAAUUUAUCUUCUUCACAACAAUUGCCACAGGUCCGCGAAUCUGAAGGCAUGCUUAUCGCCACAGCAGCAACAGCAGCCAACGAACGUAGAGGAGGCGGCGGCGCCCAACCAAAAACCAUUAUGAAAUGUUUGCGCGAUCGUACACCCAGCAGUAGUUAUACGCGUUCCAACAGCCAUAUAGCACGUGCCAACGGUGGUCUUGUGUCGCCCAGGCAACAGCCACAACCGCUGCACCACCCACCACAAAGGGAGCCACGGCCGCGUCCCAUUAAAUUAACCCUGCUAAAGUCGUCAAGUACCCGUGAUCUAUCACGUCUUAUGGAACUGGAAAAUGAAGUACCACUAGCUCAAUCCUCUUCGACGGCAAAUCUUUUAAAUAUGACUUCUAGUCCAUCAUCGUUAUCAUCUUCCGCUUCCAAUCAGCAGUGUUCCGGUUCAUGUUUAAAACAAAUACACAGACUUGAACAGCGCAUAAAUAAUUUGGAAUCACUUCUGAAUCAGCAAGAAAUUAAUGCCAUCGAAAUGGCUACGCGGCUUGAAGAAUUCAAUAAAAAAUUGGAUUUAUUUGCAAAGGAAACGGAAAUGCAGCAGCAGCAACAACAACAGUCACCUCAGCAACAACAGAGUAAACGUAAAAAAUCUGGAUCGCCACGAUUUGGUAAAAAGGAGAAUUCCAGUGGCAGUACAUCAGGUGGUGGUGGAAGUGGUGUUGUGCAACCCUCCAAAUUAGUGGCCUGGAUAAAAUUAUCAAAUUUCUGGAAACAACGGCCCAGUAUACAGACAUUAAAGGAACAGAAUAUCUAUAAUGAUGAACCCUGUUUCGAUACGGAAAUUGAAAUGGUACUCAAAGAUGAUGUCCACAGUACAGUGCCAAAAAUCGUUGUCGAUUGUUGUCAAUUAAUUGAAGAUAAAUAUCGUAAAUCCACCGAACCGAUUGAGGGUAUUUAUCGACAAUGCGGAGAUUAUAAUAAAAUGCAAGCGCUACGCUUUAGUAUAGAUGCCAAUGAUUAUAAUGCGCUGAGGCAAUCGAAUGUGGAUAUUCAUACCCUGACAGGGGUAUUGAAGUUGUUUUUGCGUGAAAUCAAAAGUCCCCUGAUAUCGGCAAAUGAAGCCAAAACAUUUAUUGGGAAACCAAAUCAGUGGGUAUUAACAGAUUUACCCAAUAAAUUGGAAAUUUUAAAAAGACUGAUACGUUCCCUGCCCGAGAUCAAUCGAGAUACUUUGGAGUAUUUAUUUGCACAUUUUAAUAGACUCACAAAAGUACCGCUGCAACACAUUAGUGCCGAAACCUUGGCCAUUUCCAUAACACCUUCGAUAUUUCACACAGUCCAGCAGGGAGCUCGAAUGCAGGACAUCCACGCCCUCUUAAAGGAAAGUGAAAUAUUAUCGGAUUGUGUUAAAAUCAUGAUUGAAUAUCAUCAGAAAAUAUUUGAAUGUACCGCUGAUCGUAAACACCAAAAGAAUCGCAUAAGUGUUAGGAAUCUAAAGAAGACAUUAUCACAUCCAGAUUUAUUAUUUCAAAAUUUAUUUUAA